AACACACCUGGACAAACGCUGGAGUCAAGAUGAGUCUGCCGGACUACAAAACCUCUGAGAAACAUUCUUCAUCCGCAGUUCCACACUCUCCAGUCGUGAAGUUAAAUGUCGGGGGUCACCUGUUCAGCACCUUUCUGAGCACGCUCAGGAAACACCCCGACUCCAAGCUGGCUGAGCUGUUCAGUGGACAGCCCAAACUACGCACAGACGCAGACGGACGACACUUCAUCGAUCGCGAUGGUUCGCACUUCGGAGCCGUCCUCGACUUCUUGAGAUCAGACUGGCUGCCCACAGAGAACAUCCAGGAGGUUCACAGGGAGGCAGUGUACUACAACAUCAAACCACUCAUCAAACGUUUGGAGGAAACUCCUCAGCUGUUUGGAGAGCUGGUGGGAAGGCAGCAGUUCCUAUCCAGAGUCCCACACUACAAAGAAAACAUCGAGGUGCUGAUUCGUAUUGCCAGGGCCGAGGCCAUCGCCGCUCGCCACUCCACCAUCAUGAUCUGCGUGCUGCGGACGGAGGAGGAUUUGGGUUUCUAUGACAACGCCAUCAACAGCCUGGAGGCGGAUAAGGAGUCAGUGGUGACGUUCGGACCAUGGAAGGCCGCCCCGUCCGUUCAAGACCUGCUGGACUGUGUAAAGAUGGACAUCGAGAGUCAGGGCUACAGGGUGAGCGUCCAGCAACACAGCAACACAAAGAGCUUCCUGUCCAGGAGCUACGACUACUUCUACAAACUCAUAUUCACCUGGUGGUGAUCAGAGGGCUGCAGCAAACUGCAAACUGUACACUUUGUUUCUGAAAACAAAAAUAUAUUGGCCACUGACAGGCUCAGAUUGUUAUUCUAAUAAAUUGGAAAGAUGUUACGUAUUGUUACUGUUUUUAUCAAUGGAGUCUGGUGGCUUUGAACAAGGUGAUAUAACAGCUGUUUCUGGUUAAACAAAGAGGAUCUUAACAUCGGAAAAUAGGGUCCAGGUUGAAAAAUACCCAAAUUACCGUUUAAAAAGACCAAGUUGCUGCAGGUUUUUCUGAGUUAUUUUAGGUAAUGAAAGGGGGUCUUGAUUUUGAACGCUAGACAUUUUAGACAGUAAAACAUCUGUAUGUAAUGAAUUUCAAUGAUGACUGUGGUUUGGGAUGAAGCAUUACUUUAUUACAACAAAGACUCUUACCUUAUAAUUAAUUUAGGUACUUAAAAUAUGAAUUUUGUUUCAUAUCCUGUGUAAUGUCAGUAAAAUUGUGCUGCUGCUAAAUGUUAAUAAACUACAACUACACA